AUGAGAUACAGAUACAGAACUCGGUCCCAAGUAGUCAACUCGGCCCUUCGACCAAUCUUAUGACGCUGAAAACAAUUUCUUCAAGCAGUUUCUUGUGGACAUGAACAACCAGAACAUCAAUGUACUUUACUUUGGCUUAUCAGAUGUGGCAAAGGAUGAUGAAUUGAGAUGGGUGGAUGGCUUGAAGCUGGGUUCAUACAAACAUUGGAACCAAGGCCAACCAAAAUUAACCCCAAAAGUUAAAGACUGCGGCUACAUUACUACAGGUGAUUCAAAUGAUGCAUUCUGGACCGUGGGUGACUGUUUCAUGCUUGGUGCGUUCAUUUGCAAGAUUAAUGCGGGUACCAAAGUGACACCAGUGCCACCCGGAGUUGUGGACGGUUCUUGUGAAAAUUCGAAGUGGGACUUGCAUGGUGAUUACUGUUACAAGGUGACGACCUCCCAGUCCACCUGGGACUCUGCAAGUUCAAAGUGUAAAAAUCUAGGUGCAGAGCUUGCCAGUAUACACAAUGAUGGCACACAAUCAUAUAUGUCAGUGCGAAUGAAUACUCUCAGCUCGUGGAUGUGGAUAGGCCUGAACGACAAAGCUGUUGAAGGGACCUACGUUUGGACAGACGGUUCAAGUGUAAGUAUUGGUAUCCAAUCUUACAUCUAG